AUGGGCGCCGUGGAACGGGCCCGACGCCGUCGCGAGGCGAAGCUGAUGCGCAUGAUGACCGGAAAACGCCGCCUCAAGCUGAAAGGUGCUCGUAGAGGCAGAGGGGGCGGUCGUAGUGGACGUGCUAGGGCUGGAACUUCACCUGCUCCCAAUUCUUCGACCACUCCCACCACUUCACCAGCUCAAGCUCAAGGAGGCCCAGUCAGCCCGCAGCCAUCACCAUCACCCUCACCAUCAUCUGCUGCCUCGAAGAAGCCACUCAAACCGAUCACCCUCACCGAGGCGCAGAUGAGCAAGCUGGAGACCGAUUUUGCGGUGCGCAUCAACUCGCUCACCGCCCGCCUCAACGCCAUCCCCGCCCGCCCUCAGGUGCCGGUGGGGCCGUACUUUGGCGGCGGCGGCCGCCAGCUGCCGCCCACCGCCCUCGGCGACGGCUUCUACAGCACCGAGGCGCCGCUCAGCGAGCUGCUGGUGAAGCUGCGCGCCUGGCUACUGAAGGAGUGCGCCCACCUCUCCGCCAAGGUGGGCCGCAUCGUCGAGGAGGGCCGCAAGGGGCGGGCGGAGCGAGAGCAGCAGCGCCAGGGCCAGCAACAGCAGGCUAACUCUGCCUCGCUCUCCGCCACGCCCCAGACGCCGNAGGUGCCGGUGGGGCCGUACUUUGGCGGCGGCGGCCGCCAGCUGCCGCCCACCGCCCUCGGCGACGGCUUCUACAGCACCGAGGCGCCGCUCAGCGAGCUGCUGGUGAAGCUGCGCGCCUGGCUACUGAAGGAGUGCGCCCACCUCGCCGCCAAGGUGGGCCGCAUCGUCGAGGAGGGCCGCAAGGGGCGGGCGGAGCGAGAGCAGCAGCGCCAGGGACAGGGCCAGCAACAGGCCAACUCUGCCUCGCUCUCCGCCACGCCCCAGACGCCCGGCUCCUCCUCGGGUGGACAGCGAAGCGCCAUUGGCUCCGCCUCCACCUCCGCCAGUCCUCGCUAG